UGCAGGAACUCCGACAAAUCCAUUCUCAGAAUCGCUGUCUUCAUCGACAGUACUUCAAGAGCAUGUGGUCAAAUUUGAUGGAGGAACUGCACGCAGGAUGUGGAAGCUUCUGCAAAAUAUCACAAAGGAGGAUGAGCAGGAUCUUUAUCUUAGGACAAAUCAAAUCUUUCGUCCUGGCCUGAAACAGAUUGGAAACAGUCUCUUUGAAAUCAGAAGUUACUUUAUUGAAAAGGUUGGCCAGAGUAUUGCACCAACAAAACUGAAGCACCCCUUUGCACAAGUGAAAGAACGACUCAUCGAACACAUAGAAAAUCAUGCUUACGACUUUGUUUUUGAUCCUCUCACCAACGAAGUAGUAGAUCUCCCAGUCCCAAAGGCUGGACCAUGCUUUAUGUUCUUAUCCAAGUCUUUAGCAGUUGCGUUAGAUUUCUACACAUCGCCCCGACCAAGCAACACGGUAUGUGAUGUAUUCCUGGCUCUGCCUACACAGUCUGUGAUAGUUUUGUCACUGGUUGAUGGGGAUGAAGACUGUCCUGAAGCAGUGACAUACAGUAUGUCAGUGGCGAGAGGAGUGAAAGAGACACUUAGCAAGUUCACUGAUGAGGAUAUAAAGUCAAUCCAUGGAGUCAUUCCCAUUUCUCUCCUUGAGGACGUUGUUGGAUUUAAGAAUCGGUUGAAGAAGCUGGCAAAUGAUUCUUCUCAUUUUGUCACAAACAAUUCUUUGGUAAUGACUCCCAGUAGGUAUGAGAAAGUCCUGACUGCUUUCUGGGCUGGUGUUGCUGAAACGAAGUCGGUGCUAAAAGACGAAAGUGGAGACACUGAUGGCGACUGUCUAAGAUUUCUCACCAAAGAACAAUGUAUCAUUCUGGUGGAGAACAUCAACAGUAAGGACGUCGAGGUCAAGUGUAUGCCCGGUAGUGGAGCCACAACUCUGAUGCUGGAGAUGGCCAGGAGACUGAACAGACUGGGGGACACUCUGCUUGUAUGUAGGUCACGAAAGGAGAGGGACAGGCUCAGGUCGGUGUACCCAUCAGCUGUAGCAGCAGAGGAUCUCAGUAUGGUGGACAUGUCUUCUUGUGUGAAUAUAGUCGAUGAAACCAACACAGUCAUGGUACAAACAAGUGGACAACAUUGGCGGUUUACAACCAAUCUAACUGAUAUCGAGGAACAGAAGUCCCAAAUAUUGGAGGUAGAAAUGGAAGUCGAAGGGAUGGAGAAACAAAUAGAUGCAUUAUCUGAUGAAUCUUGGAAGGAACGGAUUGAACAAAUCCUCAGGGACUUCAGUGUGCUGAAAAUAUUUAGUUUCAAACUGGGAUCAACAGGGCCUAUGUCCUAUGCUCAUGAAGUACGCCAUACUCUGGAAUACAAGCCAAGCCCCCUUACAGCAAGCAAAGGUCAGUAUGCAUCUUUGGGUGGUUUCAAGCAACUGUCUGCUACACAAGAGGCUUGGUUGUCAGACUUACAUGACGGAUUAAGAGAAAGGCAAAAUCUUGUCCGGCUUCUCAGAUCGGUCAUAAUCGAAGAUAAAACGGAUUGGAUCUGUAAAGACGUUAAAAAUGUCCUCUUGAGAGAAGCUUUGGGGAUAACGAAACAUACAGAAUCGAAACAACGCGUUGCUAUGGUUGGCCAUGUUCAAAGUCCAGACAUUCAACAACAAAUGGAGAUGUUCCACAUUGAAUCAGAGAAUGCAGGAAUGGAAUCUAAUAUCCCACAGGUAUGGAAGGAAGGUGGCCAGAUAAACGAUAUGGAAACUGAGAUGCAGAACACAGAUGGAAAAGAUCCUGAGAGCCGCUGGGACGAGAUCCAAACACUUAAUCAAGAACUGGACAACGUACUGAAGGACAGGGAUCGUAGAAAAGGACAACUCCACAAAUUAUACACGGUGGAGUGGCAGGCUGUGAUGGAAUACCUGGCCAACCACAAGGCGGACUUAUCUAUGCUAGACAUAGAGAUACCAGGGUUUCAAGUCUUUCAGGGUUUACCAGGCAGACAUGAAACAACCUUCCCAGGACGUGUCACCUCAGUGCAAGGUACAUCAGCGGUAUCAACAGUAGGUCACGAAGAAAUUGGGGAACAGUUCGGGCCUUCCAAAAGGAACAGGAAAAGACUUGAUGUAUCAGGUUCUGCAACAUCACAAUCUGACAACACAAAUAAUGGUCGAGACAAAGCAGAGCAAAGUCACACAAGAGCUCCAGGUCUGAUGAACCAGCUCAGACAAUACCAGCAGGGUCGACUGACAGAGAAACACCUGUGUGCCAUUACAAUGAAGGUAAAUAGCAGGGACUAAGAUAUAUGCGAAAAUA